GACGAGUGGGGCAUUCGUUGCAACAGCGUGACUGGCGCAUACUCUCUACGUGUGACGUUACGUUACUGUUUGGAAAGAAAAACGUGAUCGCGCCGGGAAGGAGGAGUGGCUUCAGUCCGUUUUUCUCAUGGCACGGUUGCUGCCUUUCCUGAGUUUGCUGAUUGUACGAAGCAACGGUAAUGCUCUCUGCGAUGAUCUAGACUCGAAAUGCACUGGUGAGUGCAAUUCAUUGCACACGGACUUCGUGAGUUUCUGCGUGAAGACGCUUCUUUCAAUGAGCUCAUGCCCACCCAACUGCAAGGAAAGCUACGAAGGGCUUCUGGCUUAUCAGAGUUCAACUGAACCAAACAUUGGACAACAAUACGCUACCUGUACUUGUCAUCCUUCUGGAUCAUUUUGCUCCAUUCGGAGUGGCACCCUGCAGUCAUGCCAGUUCAACUCGUCAACAGAGGCCAAUGUAACGACUCAACCUCCAACUAGUACUGCAAACAUUCCCACACGUCAGCCGGGGUGUGUCCAUGCUGGUGCGGCUUGUUUGAUGUCAAACUCAUGCCGUUUAGUUGUGGAGGAUGUAGAACAACAUUGCUUGGGAAAUUCGAGUGAUAAUGCCAACAGCAACACCACCUGCAGUGUACAGUGCAGAGUGAGGAUUCUCGCUGGCCAGAGAGAUGUUAUGUGGAGAGAACUGGAGAUGUGUUCGCCUUGGAUUUGCCCUACCAAAGAUUCUACUUGUGAAAGAAUACAUCGACUCAAGACUGUGGUCGACCGAUGCAAUGUCACAGCAAGCAGUACCGUUGAUUCUACCCAAAUAACAAGUCAUCACUCAUCAGAGUCCUAUUCUACGGUUCAUACAUCUAUUCGUACUAAGAAUCCGAGUGCAGGAUGUACAAUGUACUCUCACAUGACUGAUGCAUUGAUAUUAGUCUUAGUCUUUAUUCUAUUAACUCUGAUGUGAUGUUUGUUUUUUGGACAACAAUUCCUAUUUAACCUAGCAAUCUUAGGAAGUAGUAAACAAUUUUAGCUAUCA